AUGCUACGAUGGGCCCAUCUAACGGCAGGGAUUCUCUCCGUUGUUGUCCUCUCUUGUCUCCUCUUGUUCUUUCUCCGCCGCUGGUGCUGUCUCCGAGGACCAGAGAGCUCCACCGCCCUUAACGCGGCUAGCCCCAUUCGGAGCGAUAGCUUUCAGGCAAGAAUCUCCAAGCUCCACCAAACCAGCCUCAUCCACCAGCUAGAUACCUCCGACAUCAAACGCAGAGGAAACAUCAACAACUAUUCCGUCUCCUCCCGUGGCACUGCCACCGGAGGAUUCCCCUCUAAGCCUGGUCUGUUCGUAUGGAAAGACCAUCCGGCUUUGGUUACAGAAGCCGUCGAGAAUGGUUGGACAAGAUUCGGUUUCAUUGUCCAUGCAUCGGCUCCUUUGGUGACUGGGGCCUCUCCGAAAUCCGCUCUUCUUGGUCUUUGCGCGACGACCGGAAGCGAAGAUCCUGGUGUAGUAAUCACAUGGGAAGUGUCAAACGGCUACGCUGACUUCACACAGACGAUCAAGUUUAACCAAGUGUUUAGAGAGAAAAACCCGUUGAUGGUUCUCCGAGCAGCUCUACCGCUUCCCGGACCACAACUCAUAAGCUCUCCUUUUCCACAGGAGGCUUACUUUGAGAUCACGCUCCUCGAGAUACUCCGCCGCCGUGGGGUUAGUGACGUAGGCAAUAAUGACCUUGCAUCAGUGGAAGGUGAGAAAACUAAGCUGUUCAAGAACGUAGGAGAAGUAAAACUGGUCAAAAGAAGAGAAUGGGACGGUGAAAACGAAGAAGCGGUCUUGUCUAUAGGACUAGCGACUGGUGGUGGCUCCACUGGCGGCGUCGGCGAGCCACGACUGCCCGGAAAAUUCCCAGCCUCUAUCGGAUUCCAGUCGGAUGGUGCGGUUUAUCUCGAUGGAAUGAAGCUGGUUUGUGAAUCAGAGAAACAUGACUGGGCCAAGGAAAACAAGGUAGUUGGUUGUGGUUACGACCCGAGGAAGAAGAAGGUUUACUUCACAGUCAACUCGCACUUGGUUCACGUCAUCAACUGCAAAGCAGAAGAAUUUGGGACACCUCUGUACCCAACUCUUGCUUCCAACACAGAGGCCACAGUUCUUGUUAACUUAGGGCAAUCCCCAUUUUAUUACGGCCCGGCUAACGUGCAUCGCACGCCAAACCCUUGUGCUGGUGCUGCUUCACUAGGGCUUGAAGACAGUAAAGAAUUGUUCUCCAUUGGGAGAUUAGAUUCUCAGUAUCUGAGCAACUUUUUCAUCAACAGAGGAAACAGUGAUGAGAUUGCAAGCGGGAGAGCCACUGUGGGAAAUAGCCAUAGACGUAAGAUGGACUAUGACGAAGAAUCCGAUGCUGAUCUUUUCGAGAUUGCGCUUGAACGUUCUGGUAGACCAAAUCUUGCCAGGUUAUAG